AGCCAUUCUCUCUCCAAUUCUAUCUAAUUCACCAGCAAAAAGCAAAGAGACUACUACAACACACUUGUAGUCUCUGUGUGUAAGCAUUGUUUUUGGUUUGCUCUAUUGAAGCGUUUGAUGUGUGAAAUGAUCGGUUGACUGUUCGGAGGUUUUUUGCAAUGUUGAGUGCCGUAACUGGACGACGACUCGAAGGCUGCGAGAUUCAUGGCUUCCGUACAAUGGAAGAUUUAGAUAUACACAGCAUAAUGGAGGAAGCUCAGGCAAGAUGGCUCCGACCGAAUGAGAUUCAUGCAAUGCUAUCUAACUACAAGUAUUUCAACAUCAACGUCAAGCCAGUGAACUUACCGAAAAGUGGUACGAUUGUGUGGUUUGAUCGGAAGGUGCUCAGGAAUUUUCGAAAAGAUGGCCAUAACUGGAAGAAGAAAAAGGAUGGUAAGACUGUCAAAGAAGCUCAUGAACACUUGAAGGUCGGCAAUGAAGAAAGGCUCCAUGUCUACUAUGCACAUGGCGAAGAUAAACCUACCUUUGUUCGUAGAUGUUACUGGCUACUUGACAAAAAACUGGAACACAUAGUCCUUGUUCAUUAUCGUGAAACUCAAGAGUUGCAGGGUUCUCCAGACACAUCUGGUAAUUCCAAUUCUAGUUCAGCUCUCUCUGCUCCUUCUGCUUCUUGGAUUUUAUCAGAAGAGUUUGAUUCUGUGCUUGAUCGGGCAUCACAUACUAGUGAGGGAGCACAGUUAGGGCCAAAUGAUCGUAUGAUCAUCAAAAGUCACGAAAUGAGACUCCACGAGAUUAACACACUUGAAUGGGAUGAGCUUUUAGUGCCAGAUGAUCUAAAUACGCUGGUUGCACCUGAAGAAGGAAGAAUUUCAUGUUUUGAGCAAAGGAAUGGAGAUGGCAGAAACCUCUACAUGAGCAAUAGUAACUCCUCAUCAGCGAAAAAAUUACAGGAAGAAGAUUAUUUGCAGAAUUUUCCUGAGCAAGUUGCGGGAAGUAAUACCAUCCAUUUCAAUAUUCAAGAUAAUGUUGGAUUCAAUUCCGCUGGAGGUCAAAUGAAUCCAAAUUUUCAGGGGAAGGAAUCUGAAGUGUUGACAGUCGGUGUGGCCGACUCUUUAGACAAUUUGGUCAAGGAUGGUCUGCAAACUCAGGACAGUUUUGGAAGGUGGAUGAACUACAUCAUGACCGAGUCUCCAGGCUUGGUAGAUGAUCCAAUCAUGGAACCCUCACUUUCAACAGGUCACGAGACAUCUACGCCUCCAAUUAUGGACCAUCCCCAAUCAUCUGUUUUGGAGCAAAUAAUUAGUAUAACCGAUGUCUCACCUGCAUGGGCCCUUUCAACUGAGGAAACGAAGAUCAUAGUGGUUGGAUUUUUUCGUGAAGGACAUCCAGACCUUGCAAAGUCCAACUUAUUAUGUGUCUGUGGGGAUGCUUGUAAACCUGCAGAAGUUAUCCAAACUGGAGUUUUCCGCUGUUUAAUUUCGCCGCAAAAUCCUGGAUUAGUAAAUCUUUAUUUGAGUUUAGAUGGCCACAAUCCCAUCAGCCAAGUUUUAACCUUUGAGUUUUGCGCUCCUUUGACGCGCAGCUGGAUGAUGUCUUCAGAAAACAAGUCUGAUUUGGAAAAUUUUCGUAUCAAGAUGAGGCUUGCUCAUUUGCUCUUCUCUGCAUCUAAGAGCCUUGACAUUUUAUCUGGGAAAGUCUCUCAAAAAGCCCUGAAGGAAGCCAAAACAUUUGUCCGCAAAACUUCCCAUGUCGCUCCCAGCUGGGAAAAUUUAAUCAAGUCAAUUGAAGACAACAAAAUCUCUUUUCUACAAGCAAAAGACAGCUUGUUUGAGCUCACUUUACAAAACAGAUUACAGGAAUGGCUUUUGGAAAGAGUAGUAGCAGGAUUCAAAAUCUCUGACCUUGAUGAGCAAGGUCAAGGAGUAAUCCAUUUGUGUGCUAUCCUGGGUUAUACAUGGGCUGCCUAUCCAUUUUCAUGUUCCAGCUUGUCAUUGGAUUUUCGGGACAAAUUUGGAUGGACAGCUCUUCACUGGGCUGCAUAUUUUGGAAGGGAGAAAAUGGUUGCAGCUCUCCUAUCUGCUGGGGCAAAGCCGAAUUUGGUCACACAUCCCACUUCAAAAAAUCCUGGUGGAAGCACUGCCGCUGAUCUUGCAUCCAAAAAUGGUUAUGAUGGUUUGGCAGCUUAUCUGGCAGAAAAGGGUUUAGUGAAACAAUUUGAGGAGAUGACCAUAGCUGGAAAUGCCAGUGGUUCACUGCAGACUUCCGUGCCAGAUUUGGUGAACCCUGGGAACUUUAGCAAGGAGGACCCAUAUCUGAAGGAUACUCUGGCAGCUUAUCGGACAGCUGCUGAUGCAGCAGCACAUAUACAUGCUGCAUUUAGGGAGCGCUCAUUCAAGUUACAAACAAAUGCAGUUGAGGUUUCUAAUCCAGAGGAUGAAGCACGCAUUAUAGUGGCUGCCAUGAGGAUUCAGCAUGCCUUCCGCAACUAUGACACGCGAAAAAAGAUUGCAGCAGCUGCCAGAAUCCAACAUAGGUUCCGUACUUGGAAGAUACGAAGAGACUACCUUAAUAUGCGUCGUCAAGCCAUCAAAAUUCAAGCUGUUUUCAGGGGUUUCCAAGUACGGAAGCAGUAUCGGAAGAUUAUUUGGUCUGUUGGAGUGCUUGAAAAGGUAAUUUUGCGUUGGCAUUUGAAGAGAAAAGGCCUUCGUGGGCUUCAAGUUCCUCCUGGGGAAGCUGUCAAAGAUCAAAAGCAAGAAAAUGAAGUGGAGGAAGACUUUUUUGUAGCCAGCAGGAAACAAGCAGAAGCGCGGAUUGAGAGUUCAGUUGUACGAGUCCAGGCCUUGUUUCGUUCGAAGAAAGCACAAGAAGAAUAUCAGAGGAUGAAGUUGGAGCAUGAUAAAGCCACGCUUGAAUAUGAAGGGCUUCUGGAUCCUGAUAUUGACAUGCAAUGAGAGGAGAAUAGGAUUCAGGCGUUGUUCGCUUGGAAGUCUAGACAGCUACAACAGUACUAGUGAGAAAAGAAGUGAAGGGAAAGUUUAUGUUCAAUGUGAUGGGUGUACAUCUUGUAAAUGCCUUAGGUGAAGGUAGUGCCUUGGUACUGACCCUUUUAUAUGUUCUAUCUCACAGCCUUUUCUUCUGGUGGAAAUGGGUGGUUUGUGGUUGCAGUUUCCCUUUCUAUUGGGGGUAAUAUUUCAGGCCUCGACACUAGGUUUAAGACUUUUAAGUUCUAUAUCCUUCAUUGGAUGCUUUGAGUGCUGUAUGAUUUGGAUGGCUUGAUUUAGCAAAUGUAUACAGGCAAUAUAGCACCUAUUCCGCGU